GGCGAAAUGGCUGCUGUAGCUGCUGCAGGAACAUCCAAACCUGACUUAGUAAAAGUAGGAGAGGUAGCCGAAUCCAUACUGAAUAGGUUAGGAUUUUCCACGAAAGAUGACAAGCAAGUAAGACGAGCACCAGUUCCUAGUGCUAUGUACCAGACGGACGAUCUCAACGCAGUAAUUGCUGAGGCGAAUGCGAAUCGCGUUGAUCUGCAGGGUAUAGCUUCUGGACAGAUUCCUGGACUGGCACCUAUUCCCGUACCUGGGUAUCCUGGACCGCAGGAUGUACCAGAAAUUCCUGGAGUAAAUACCAUACCUGGAUUGAGCAACUUCAACUAUUUGGUAGGACAACUCUUCCCACAAAUGAUCCCACCAGCUAAUACGCUCCUAGGUUCCUCAAUAAGUAGGAUUUUGCCUAAGGACUCGGCAAAGAACCUGGCUAAGGAUGUGUUCAGAGCCGUUCAUCCAGCAGCUGAAAAUGUUGAUGUAGCCAGGAUGAUGGGUCGCUGGUUUACGGUAAUCAACUCUCCACAUGUGAUUCGUGAAGCUUGCACCGUACUCCACUGUAUGUUUUUCUUACCG